AUGGACAACCUAGUGCAGCUAGAUGAAGAUGAGUUCGGGCUUUACAUCGACAAAACGACAGGGGAUUCCAAGUCGGUCAGACGAUUUACCUGGCGUAACAAAAAUAAUAUGCAGGUGCAAGUAAUUACGUAUGGGGCAACCAUAACCAGCAUCAAAGUACCGGAUAGUAAAGGUUUAGUGGAGGAUAUUGCUUUUGGUUUUACGUUUUUGGAUGGUUAUAUGGCUCCAACAAAUCGAUAUUUCGGCGCUACAGUUGGUAGAAAUGCAAAUAGAAUAAAAAAUGCUCAAAUUAAUAUUAACGGUACUACCUACGAUAUUUCGGCGAACUUGGGACAACAUCAGCUACAUGGAGGAUUUAAAGGCUUUGACAAGGUUAACUGGGAUUAUUACAUAGACGGCACAAAAGUUAUAAUGAGUCAUUAUUCCCCUGACAAGGAUGAAGGUUAUCCGGGAGAUUUAAUUGCUAACGUUGCUUUUGAACUGACUAAUCAUAACGAUUUUAAGGUCGAUUUUAAAGCCUACACCACUAAACCAACGUUGGUUAAUUUAACAAACCAUUCGUACUUUAAUCUUGCUGGUCAUGGUAAAGGAGCUGAAGAGCUUUACAAGCAUAUUGUUUGUAUUAAUGCUGAUCAAAUCACUGACGUGGAUGAAACUUCUAUUAUUACAGGUAAACUUCUUCCGGUGUCCGGCACGGCUUUUGACCUACGUAAUCCCACCGUUUUGGGAGAGCGCAUUAACAACAUCCCGGGUAACUUGGGCUACGACCAUAAUUUCUGCAUAACCAAAGGCACCGACAGUGGGAACAAUUUUAUUGCAAGAGUGGUUCAUCCGCCGUCCGGAAGGGUUAUGGAAUUGUACAGUAACCAACCCGGUGUUCAAUUCUACACAUCAAACAAGUUAUCCGAACAGGGUAACUGCGAUACUUCAGCUUUGGUGAAUGGAAAGGAGGGUAAAGCUUAUUAUAAACAUGGGGGUUUCUGUUUGGAGACCCAGAACUUCCCAGAUGCUAGUAAUCACGUAAGUUAA